UCUUUCACCGAAUUUUGAGAAACGUGAAGGUAUUCGUGGUUUUCCGCAAUAUCCAGCCUGCAAUCGUUUUAUGUAGAAGGAAUCGAGAAUCGUUGUUGAUUGAGAGUCAUGACGGGAGAUCUGCUCAAUAUCCAACCUAGUGAGCUCAAAUUCCCAUUUGAACUGAGGAAGCAGAGUUCAUGUUCUAUGGUACUCACCAACAAGACAGAUAAAUAUGUGGCCUUUAAGGUUAAAACAACCAACCCCAAAAAGUACUGUGUCCGUCCAAACUCUGGUAUUGUGUUACCGGGAUCAUCAUGCAAUGUUACAGUCACUAUGCAAGCCCAAAAGGAGACACCCCCUGAUAUGCAAUGCAAAGACAAAUUCCUCCUUCAGAGUGUUGUUGCACAAGAUGGGGUCACUGCAAAAGACAUAACACCAGAAAUGUUUAACAGGGAAGAAGGUAAGUUAGUGGAGGAGAUUAAAUUGCGGGUUGUUUACAUUCCUGCUAAUCCCCCCUCGCCUGUCCCUGAAGAAUCUGAAGAAGGUUCCUCUCCUAGGGCUUCUGUGCAUGAGAAUGGGAAUUGGGAUGCCUCAUUGCUCAGUGCUGUAUCAAGAUCCUUAGAGGAGCCUAAAGAGAAAUCCUCAGAGGCAUGGACCAUCAUCUCCAAGUUGACUGAGGAGAAAACUUCUGCUUUGCAACAAAAUCAGAAGCUACACCAGGAAUUGGAGUUGAUGAGGAAAGAAAUUAGCAAAAACCGUGUCAGUGGCUUCUCCUUACUGUUUGUUAUACUGGUUGGUCUAUUGGGUGCGGUGGUUGGCUAUUUCCUCAAGAGAACAUAGAAGCUACUAUCCAAGCAGUCGUUCAUUUGUGUUUUUUUGGGGUGCUGGCAUCCAUUUGCUGCUAACCCAGAUUUUUUCAGAAUUUUUUAGGACCAACUUAUCUUUUAGUGUGCAACAUUGUAGUCUAUGAUAUGUUAUUGACUUGUCUUGUUUGAACAAUAGCUCUGGUUUGUUUUUGGUUAGAGUUUAGCGCGUGUAAACCUGGGAGGAGUUGUGAAUUAUCAAGAUUUUCCUUCACCAUUGAAAGUUGUCUUUUUGAUAAAAAAAAA